AGGAGGAGGAGGAAGAAGACGAGGAAGAGGAAGAGGAAGAGGAGAAUCGAAAGGGAGAAGACAUCUACGAAAACGAUAGACAAGACGAUAGAAAAGAAAAAUCCGACGAAACCAUGACGCAACAAAGCGGCGCUGGGUCGCCCCAGCAAUUUUGCCUGAGGUGGAACAAUUACCAAACGAAUCUGACCAAUGUGUUCGAUCAGUUGUUGCAGAGCGAGAGUUUCGUCGACGUGACCCUUGCUUGCGACGGACACAGCGUCAAGGCCCACAAGAUGGUACUGUCCGCCUGCAGUCCGUACUUUCAAGCAUUAUUCUUCGACAAUCCUUGCCAGCAUCCGAUCGUGAUCAUGAAGGAUAUCAAGUGGCCAGAGUUGAAGGCCGCGGUCGAGUUCAUGUACAAAGGCGAGAUAAACGUGUCCCAGGAGCAGAUCGGCCCUUUACUAAAGGUCGCGGAGAGCCUGAAGAUCCGCGGUUUAGCGGACGUGAACAGCGAGCACGAGCUUACCUCGAGAUCGAGCUUGGAGGAGGCGGCGAAUGCAGCGAACGCGGCGAUGCACAGGAAGAAACGACGUCGAAUAUCCGGCGAGAGAUCGCCGCCUAACAGCAGCCCCGAUCGGAUCGUUAGCGGCAAUUUGGCGGACGAUCAAGAUGGUAGCAGCAGCGGGGCGGGCGUGAUCAUGCCUGACAUUCACAGCAUGCUACCCAGCAGCUCGACUCCUCGAUCCAUCGGCUCCCCUGGUACGCCCAACGUCUCCGUAACACCGCAGAUCAACCUCCAAGAACUUCCGGUAUCGUUGCCUCUGCCACCGCCGCCGCCGCCACCCCCUCAGGGACAGCAGCAGAGUUCGCACUCGGUAUCCGCUCACCACGUGCCCGGCCACGUGACUUCCGGUCCCCACGCCUCAGUCAACCACCUGACCGCUCACGGCCAGCAGCUAACCGUUCAGCAACAGCAGCAACAUCAACAACAACAACAACAACAGCAGCAGCAGCAGCAGCAACAACAGCAGCAACAGCAACAGCAGCAGCAUCAUCAGCAAGGAGCUGCCGGUCAACCGAACCCCGGAGACGAUCUGGAGAUCAAGCCUGGCAUCGCCGAGAUGAUUCGCGAGGAGGAAAGGGCCAAGUUGUUGGAAUCAUCCCACGCUUGGCUCGGAGCCUCCACGUCGAGUAUAGCAGCAGACAGCUACCAGUAUCAGUUGCAGUCGAUGUGGCAGAAAUGUUGGAACACGAAUCAGAGCCUGGUGCACAAUCUACGCUUCCGGGAACGUGGGCCGCUAAAGUCUUGGCGACCGGAAACCAUGGCGGAGGCAAUCUUCAGCGUUCUCAAGGAAGGAUUGUCCUUGAGUCAAGCUGCAAGGAAAUACGACAUCCCGUAUCCGACGUUUGUUCUAUACGCCAAUCGAGUACACAAUAUGCUGGGACCUAGUGCUGACGGCGGCGCCGGUGAGUAUCUCCGCCCGAAAGGCAGAGGUAGACCGCAAAGGAUUCUGUUGGGCGUGUGGCCGGACGAACAUAUUCGCGGAGUGAUUCGGGCGGUGGUAUUCCGCGACGGCCACUCUCCGCACAUGGUGAAGGAAGAGCCGACCUCGAUGUAUCCGAGCCUGGCGAAUUACGCUGCCUGUAACGGACCCGAAGGCGCGGUCAGCCCUGGAGCAGCAGCCGCGGCUGCGGUUGCCGCGGUCGCACAAGGGUUGCGACAUCAAAUGUGUAGCAUGGUAGCUGCAGCGCAUUCGCAACAGCACGACAUGAUGGCGACGAACCUGUCGACAAACCUGUCGACAAGCCUCUCGUCGAAUCUCCAGGCGGCGAUGCAAGCAAGCCAGCAUCAUCACAAUAGCACGAAUAGCGGCGCGGCCGGUAUCGGCAGCAACAACAGCGGUAGCGGUGGCGGCGCUGGUAUUGGCGGGAACAACGGAAAUUCGCCGUUAAAUUUAGGCUUGUCAAGUCCAGGAUCCGGCGGUCCGCCGGAGAGUCCGAUGGAGAGCCCUCUGGCGAGUCCUCUCGGCUCGCUAAUGGAUCCCAGCCACAUACCUAGCAGCGUGGAGGUCGGUAUCGGUGUCAGUGGAAUGACCUACAAGCCAGCGCGGAGCUUCGUUAGCCCGCGACCGGAGAAUCUCUUCCAAGAGGACAUCGCGGAUCUGGUGAAAGGUCCCCACGGGCUCAAGGACAAGGAUAAGAUCCCCGUUAAACUGGAGCCCCUGACGGACUCCCGUUGCGAAUAGUAAGCGAGCCGCCACUAGGCGUACAGUCCAGGACGAUGGAGCAGUUAAAUCGAUGCCAAUCGGAUCGGCCGGACACAGCUCCGCUUCCACCGUCGUCGCGAUCUUGUCAGGCUUCUGUUUCGUGUCGCGACCGCGUACCCAACGGUCAACACUAUUCCCAGAACCGGCUAAAUCUCCGAGUAGGCGGUGGUGUUGGCGUUGGCGGCGAUACUGAUCGUUCGAUUCGGUGUUCCGAACGGUCCGUGCUGUGUCACAAAAGUCGUCCUUGUGGCGAUGCAUCGCAGCCAGUAUACCUGGCUGAUCUCGAGAUCGCACUCUCGACAACCUACAAUCAAAAGAAAUAAAAGGUUUUAGGUGGAGGAGGAGGAGAAGGAGGAGUCGCGCGCGAGUCGCUCGAAAGAGGAUCAAUGUUCGACAUCCUCGAUUCUUUACUCUAGAUUCUUGAAUCUCAAACGAAUCUCUUUUUUUCCGAUUUCGAGCAUCGAUCGCUCGAUUCUCGACUCUCGAGCGAAGCCCGCGUAUUUCAAGGAACCGUUCCGUAGCUAUCUGCUAGAAGAAAAAUGGGGGGAAAAAGAGGAGAAAGAGAAACAAAAAAAAAAAAAAGAGGAGCGAGUCGAAUUCGCGAGCAAGUUUGUUAGCUUCGCGCGACAUUUAUAUAUGUAUUUAAGCAUAUACGAUAACCGUACGUUUAAUAUGCCAAAUGUAUAGCCAUUGGUGAACGGUUGCCGCGUACCGUGACCCACUGUUCGCCUCGAAAACGGACGGGAUCGCACGUUUGCGAUCGACCAGCGAAUUCCUCGGAACUGUUCGCGACUCGCGGAAGCGAAUGCAACCCGAAAACGGACGAGAUCGGUUAAUCGAUUGAGAGAACAAGUAGAGCGUUGCGUUUCCGUGAAAACGCGACAGUAUCCGCGAGAGCGAUGAACGUGUAAAAAAUUCGCUUCACGACCGUUCGUCGAACGAGAAGACGAUGAAAUUAUCUCUACGGAACGAAAGGGAAAGAUGGUUGUUCGGCUCGAGCGAACGCGCGUUUGCACACGAAAAGGUAAACCAAACUGAUUGCUGUACUUUAUUAAGUGUAAUAAUUGCCUUCCUGCCGUAUUUGGGGUAUGCCAAGUAUAAAAAUUAUAAGGUUUAGACAUUAGGGAACGAGGAAAAAAAAAAAGAACAAAGAAAUGAAACGGCGACACUCAUUGCGAAAUUCAUUGAAUUUGGAACUAAAGAACACGUGGAUGAGAGGUGUGAUUGUGUUAGAAAAAGUAAUAGAAAACAGUGCAGACGUGGAAAGUGAGAAUGCGUGAUGUUGUACGAGCGAAUGGAUUAUUUCGGAAAGAUCGUGCUAUUUUUCAAAAUUUUACAUAGUACGCGUACACGACUUUUCGCGAAGGGACCCUCGAUCCUCGACAAUCGAAGAACGACGAGUGACGAGUAGUCGUCGAACCGAGAACCACCUUACGUUGGCUACGAGCAUCAAAUUCAUUGAAAACGGCUGAAAACACCUGGAUGUCUUUUUUUUUCACGGCUAUCAUCUCAACGAUCCAUUCAAAAUUACAUUUCUCGGACGUUCCGCGUCUACUCCUCGAUCGUUCUUGUCACGAACCGGCGUUCAGAGAUUUCGUGCGACGUCCACGAGCGAGUUCGCGUUUCGAACCUGAUCGUCUUAGGAUCAGAAAGAGGAGAGAUGACAGAAACAUUGGAAUGAAAGGAUGCGAAAGAAUGCAGGAGCGAAUGAGACGAAAGAGAAAAAGAAACAAGGGAGCGUUUGUGUAAAAGAGAGAACGGAACUUUCUAAAAACAAAGAAGAAAGAUGCGAACAGAGAGAAACAAAAAUUUUUUAAAGUUGGCACACCGGUUCCAGUGACUCUUUGUAGGUAUUAAAAGGUAAACCAAAAUAAAAAAAAAAAACAAAAAAAACUAUUUAAAAAAAAAAAUAAGAAUUCGAAGUGGCCUUCUGUAAAAGGAAAAGACCAUCGCUUUUCGCUUUUGCUCGAGUGAAAAAAAAAGGAAAAGAAAGCGGGGCGUAUACAUAUAGGCUCUGUCUGUCGUUAUCUAUCCAUUGUCUAGGCAAAUUUUUCAAAAGACGUUCUCGCGCCACUCCCCUACGAAAGCUUUAAACGGUUUGUAAAGAACGAGAGUUUCGACAAUUUCGUAAGAAAAAAAGAGAGCGAGGAGAGAAAGAGACUCGAUUAGCAAUUUAUUAUCGGCGAAUUAGACAAUUAAUUCGGGAAAAUUUCGGGAUUAAAAAGAAAAAAAAAACGCGUUAUUCUUGAUACGAAAAAUUUUUGUGCAACAGAGGAAAAUGACGUUUCGUCGACGAGGAAGGUGCGGUAUCGAGCGCUAUCGUUUUAGUUUCCGCGAUGAUAAAGGAACGUGGGGAAGAAAGAAAGAGAACGGUAGAUCGCGAUUCUAAAAGAUUUUAUUACGAUUUAGGCUUAAUGUGUUCAACGAGAAGGUAAAUUUGAACGAAACCAGCGGCAGGGUGGAACGAAAGAAAUUCGUGAGUCAAAGCGAGGGGAUGAGAGGGAAUGAGAGAGA